AUGCAGGAUUCGACCCCUUCCACUCCCUCUUCGGUCGCCCUGUCAGCCAAGCUGGCUAUACCAAAACAGCCCAACAAAGGCAUAUCCGACGCUCAGAAAAAAGCACUACGUAUCUAUGCAUCUGAGACACACCCUAGGCCUACUCAGAGAGCAUGUGCUGAGUGGUUUUUAUCUCAAUUCAAUCGCCAUAUCAAUCGUGCGACCGUCUCGAAGAUCCUUUCAUCUAAAUACGAGCACCUUGAUACUGGCUUUGCUGGCCAGAACAAACGCCCGUUAGCAUCUCGGUGGCCUCUGCUAGAUGAGGCUCUAUAUAUCUGGCAGCAGCGUCACGAGAAUGCUGGCUUUCCUAUAACGGGCCCAUUGAUUCAGAGGAAAGCCGUCGAAUACUGGAAGAAAAUACCCCAGUAUAAAGACCUCGACCCGCCGUUAUUCUCUGAAAGGUGGCUUUCCCGAUUUAAACAGCGCCAUUCGAUCCGGUAUCAUACCUCCUACGGCGAAUCCGCAUCGGUCCCGAUCUCAACACAAACCGAAAUGGAAGCUAUUCGGGCUAUCUGCGACCAAUAUCAGCCAAAUGAUAUCUACAAUAUGGAUGAAACGGGUCUUUUCUGGCGUCGAAUGCCCAAUGGUGGUCUAUCAAGCAAGGGUAGUCCUGGAUAUAAAAAGGAUAAGUCUAGGAUUACUCUCGCAGUAACGACAAAUGCUAGUGGUUUGGAUCGAAUGCCUCUCUGGUUGAUAGGCACUGCAAAGACGCCUCGUGCUCUACGAAAACUCAAUAUCCCAUCAAUUGGAUGCGUCUGGCGAUGGAAUAAGAACGCAUGGAUGCGCAGCGACGUUAUGCAAGAAUGGUUUCGCUCAUUCUAUAGGCAUAUUGGCACACAAAGACGAGUUGUUCUGUUACUCGACAACUUUAGUGCUCAUCUCUCUGCGCUUGAUAAUGCGCCGCCACCGUCUAAUAUCCAAGUCGUUUUUUUGCCAUCAAACUCGACCUCGAUUUACCAGCCAUUAGACCAAGGUAUUAUCCGAAACCUUAAGCACCAUUAUCGGAAGAAAUGGAUGACAUGGAUGAUCAAUAUGAUGGACCGGGGGGUCGACCCUACGCAGAGAAUGAGCCUCUAUUACACACUACAUUGGAUUACCCAGACCUGGAGACGUGACGUUCUAGAUGAGACCAUUCAGAAGUGCUUUAUUAAGAGCACGAUCAUUAGACCUAGCACUAAUGGGAUGGAGAUAUCUCAGUCUGAAGACCUUCAACUAGGGGAUUUAUACACACAGGUAACCGACCGGCUUCCUGGUACAGAGGUUAUGGAGUUAGAGGAAUUUCUAGACCCUCCAGAUGAGAAUCUCGACGUCGAAGAACCUGAUUUAUCUGAUAUUAUCAUUGAUCUUUCUGAAGAAAACGCUGGUGGUGGUGAUACGCAGGAUAGCGAUGAUGACCAGGACGAAUAUAUAUUCGGACCACCACUAGAUAUCCCAUCGCGUGUUGAAGCCAUUGAGUAUAUGGAUAAAGCUCUUCAAUUUGCUCAGCACCAAGAGGGUAUUACUGAGAAAGAUUUACGCGAUAUAGAGAGGAUAGGUCAUCUUUUUUCUCGGCUGCAGAUAGAUGGAAGGAAACAGAGGAGAGUGGAUGACUACUUUGGACCAAAAACAAACUAG